AUGCUCGCCUCCCAUGCCUACCGAGCGAUUAGCGCUCGCGGCAGCGGCCGUGUUGUAGCCAUGGCAGCCACGCAGUCUCGGGCGUUUUGGAAUGUGUCGCUGCCCGUGCUCAAAAGCCCUGGAGGUGCCCACAUUACAAAGUAUCACAUCGUGAAACCCUACAAGGAUGGCGUGGACUAUGACGACUUCCUCAUCGCGCUGCCCGAGCGAGACCAUCUGUCCAGUUUCACAAAGGAGGUGCCGCUCUUCUUGCGCUACCUGAAGGUCGUGACCGACCAAGAGGGCCGAGGCGAUGCCUUUGCGGCCUUCCUCGAGCGGGCAAAGAGUGGGCUCGUUGUUGAGAGCGAUGUCUUCAUCACGUCGGACGAGCUCCUGGCCAUCAUGUGGAAGAACGGCUACUCGGAUGCGGAGCGCAAUGCGGUCCAGUUCACUUUCCCCAGCGACUACAAGUUUCACUACCCUGAGCUGUCCGUGAUGUUUGACAUCCCCGAAGAAGACACGUAUAAGUUCUGCAUGCGCACACGCAUGGAGAACAGCCACAUCGGUGAGCUAGAUCACUCCAAGGUGAAGCGGGAAGGACUCAUUCGAGACCACUGGCUGAUCUUUGGCACCGGUCUCUUCAUUUUCAAGACCUUCCCCUUCUUCAACUACUACUGGGGUGUCAAGGUCUUCGGAACCUCCAUGUGGUGCUACACCAUGUGGCACGUCCUGAACCGCCUUGUGGCAAAGACAUGCCGGCGCAAUGAGUACAUGGCCGCCCAGAAGACGGCGCAGGAGGUCAUGGAGGGCGAGGAUGCCAUCGUCGACUCCAUGCGUAGAUUCGCCAACGACGCGAAGUGCGUCGAGUAUCUGAAGACCUUCAAGGAGGACUCCGAAGAAAAGAUCGCGAAGUACCGCAAGGCGCUGGUCCUGAAGAUGAAGGACGACUUGUCGGAGAGGGCGCAGAAACAGCUGCAGGCCAUUGCCGCUUUCGAGGCUGGCAUGGGCUCAGCCAUGCAGGAGCUGGUCGUCCGCGAGGCCGGCGCAUCUUUCAAGGAGAAGUUCCCCACAGACACUGGCAUGCAGGACAAGGCAUUCGCAGCAGCGGUGAAGUCGCUGUCUGGUGCAACAGUCGAAGCCGCAGAGGAUCCGGUCGCUGCACAUUUUGCGAGCGCCUUCCAGUCCCUCCAGGGGGUGGACCUGGCCACUGCGAAGGCAGAUGCCAAGGGCUCUUUGGCUGAGCGCGUGGCCUUCGCCCAGCAGGCCAAGGAGAAGGAGUUCCAGGAGACCUUCAUGGUGUCCGCCAAAGAAGCCGAGGAGGUGAAGUCGCUGGCCAGCAAGGCGAAGAGCGGCCAGGACUACGACUUCAGCAAGCUCCCGGCGGACGCGCUGCAGCGGUUGGAGGCAUUGUACACCAGCAUCAACGCCAAGGUGGGCUACUCCUUGCCCGAGUCCCUGGGUACCAAGCCCAUUGCUACCACAAACGAUAGCGCUGCCAACUCCUACGUUGACAAGGUCAACACUCAGCUCGAGACGGCCGCUGCCAAGCUCCGGGAUGCCAGGCUGAAGGCCUUCGUGCAGGCCUUCUGA